AAUAUUAUCACUUGGCUAAAAUCUGGUUUUGCUCCAACCUUUCAAUACGUAAAGUUAUCUUCUUUUUUCAAAAAGGACCAAAAAAAAAAAACAGUACAAUAACUACUUGCUAUUUUCAUUCAGUUUUCGUUAUAGAUCCUUCUGCUAUCCAUCUUAUCGUGUUGGAACUAAAAGCCUGGAGGAUGACAUCUUUCCCUAACGCAGGAGACAACCGAGGUAUCCGUAGCGGAAAUCAAACGCAGAGAAUCAGGAUCUCGGGCUCUGGGCAUAAUUGAGAAACUUUUCCGGCGAUGCUGCAUGGUGUCAGCAAUUGAGAUUUCUCUGGGGGUUUCAUUAAACUUUAUGGGAUGAUCAGCACAGAACAAAGAGAAUCUUGAUGAAAUCGCAACUUAAGGCGUAACCUGGAGGGGAAAGUUCCACUAAUCAUCAUUCAUCUGGUCUAAGGGCGCUUGAAUUUUUUUUCUUAAACGCUCGAGAAAAAAUUACAAAGGCGAAGAUGAGUCGGACUCGCUCAGAACCGUGUCACGACCCGCUAAAAGCUUCAAAGUUGUUCGUUUUUCCAGAAAAGCUCUCCGAUUUCUUCGUGCUCUUAAUGCGAUUAGGCCUCAUAGUCUGCCUCGUCGCGUCGAUUUCCCUCGCUCUCCACUCUGCCUUCUUGACCAGGACUCGGUGGUUCUCCUUCCCUGACCAUUUAUCCCGAAACGUAUCUGACAGGAAAUUCGGGCCCACCAACAUCUCGCACCUCCUUUUUGGUCUCGCCGGCACGGUGCACACCUGGCGCAACCGCAGUCGGUAUGGCGAGCUCUGGUGGGACACCAACAUCACCCGCGGUUUCGUCUGGCUUGACGAGAAACUCGAAGAAAACGUAUCCAGGCAAGGCGUAGUUUCCGUCCCGUACAGAGUAUCGGAGGAUUGGAGCAGGUUCAAAUACUUGAGCUCUCAAUCGGCCGUUCGGAUCGCCCGGAUUGUUUUAGAAAGUUACAAGCUCGGGUUACCGAACGUGAGGUGGUUCGUGAUGGGAGACGAUGAUACGGUGUUUUUCACUGAUAACUUAGUUUCGGUGUUGGCUAGUUAUGAUCACAAUCAGAUGUACUACAUUGGAGGGAGUUCGGAGAGCGUGGAACAAGACACGCUGCACUCGUACGAUAUGGCUUUCGGUGGCGGUGGAUUCGCCAUUAGUUACCCACUUGCGGCUCAGCUGGUCAAUGUUUUCGACGGUUGUCUUGAUCGGUACUACACUUUCUACGGCUCUGAUCAGAGGGUGUGGGCAUGUGUGAGCGAGCUCGGUGUGCCUCUCACAAAGCAGCGUGGGUUCCACCAGUUUGAUAUCAGAGGGGAUCCGUUUGGUAUUCUAUCAGCACACCCAUUAGCACCACUUCUGUCGCUCCACCACCUUGACAACUUGAAACCUAUGUUUCCCAACCAGACUCAAAUAGAGUCGGUGGAAUCCCUCAUGCGCGCAUACCGGAUCGACCCUAGACGAAUCCUACAGCAAAGUUUUUGCUACAACCACAGGCGUAAAUGGUCAGUAACCAUUGCAUGGGGAUACACUGUUCAGAUCUACGCGUCAUUGUUGACGGCUAAGGAUUUGCAGACGCCACUGUUGACCUUCAAGACAUGGCGGAGUUGGAGUGAUGGACCUUUUACCUUCAAUACCCGACCCAUGAGUUCUGACCCGUGUGGACAGCCUAUUACUUAUUUUCUGGACAAGGUUCAGGAGGUGGGGAGGAGUGGGACUCUGACUACUUAUAAGAGGUUUGUGGCUAAGAUCGGGAAUAGUUGUGGUACAUCAGACUAUGCCCGGGCCAUGGCAGUGCAGAGCAUUAAAGUCGCCUCAUUGAAGAUGGACCCAGAGCAUUGGAGGAAGGCACCGCGCAGACAAUGUUGUGAGAUUAUGGAUCGGGGAACGGUGAAGGAUAGCAGCCUGAGGAUUAGGAUUAGGAAGUGCAGGCCCUAGGAAACUAUAACCAUAUAGCUAGAUGUAGGAGCUUUUUAUAUAUAUAAUUAGGUCAGCCCGAGCUUCACUUUUGUAAAUUCGCAGUUUACUACUUAUGUAAUGAAGAUAUGCAGACAGAGAAAAAAAUUAGGCACAGCGGCGGCCGAGUUAUAG